CGGUUGUGAUCCUGAUGUAAGAAGACGUGGUAGUAAAAUAUUAUACGCAGAAACAAGAUGAACAGCCAGCCUCCGCGAGGGGGGCAUGAGUGAGGCGGGUAAAAAUACUCUACCUACAGGAGCAGUUGGAGGGCCACAACUACAAAAUUAUCAGCACCAAAUCAUGCAACAAAACGGCAACACCACUGCGGCCGCAGGAGCACCAGGAGCUCCAAAAAUGCCACCCCUCCUUCCCCGUGGUCGCGGCAGUGCCUCGUCGUCUCAUGCUGGUGCUACAACUACACCUCUCGCGGCGGCGGGAGCAGCAGCGGGCGGCUCCAUGUCUAGUCGAAACCGGCCGCCGACCGUCCCCGCAUUCAAGAGGCAGAACUCUAUUGUACCGGGUCCGGGGUCAGCACCUGGGACUGGUCUUCAACAACCGCUACAACAACCCCAACUGCAGCAGCGACAGAUCCGAUUAUUACAGCAACAACUCGUCCAGGGCGAAACCGGUGGCACGCUGAAUCAAAGCGCCGGAGGGUCAUCAAUAUCCUCUGCCAGUCGAAAUACUUGUAGUCGUGGAG